GCCUUUAGGCUGUGAAUCUCAAACAUGUGUUAGUGAGCAUCUUAAAUGGUAACAGGAACCUUUGUACAAAGUUUCAUGCAAAUUUGUUUGAUUAAUUGAUAGUUUAGGAGAUCUCUUGAGCAAUCAUUUUUCUUUUCUGUUUUCUGUUACAAACUACAAAUAAUGAAAGCUUUGAAUUGGUGACAAACUUGGAAUGACAACUUUAAUCAACAUGCAAGAACAUAAUACUGAUAUUAAUCAAGACAGUGAAUGGAAAAGGCCAGACACACUAAGUCAUUUAAAAGCACACACCCUAACACGUAUUUCUGAAGUAAUGAUCUUAGACAGCCAGUGUGGGCUUCUAGUUUUGAAACGAUCUCUUCAGAAUCUACCUCAUCGUAAAGCAUUUGAAGUGUUUUCAAAACAGAUGAAGCUGUUGGCUCAGAAAUGUCUAAAUCCUUAUUUUAGAUGUGAGGGUGUAGAUUUCUUCUACCUUUGCAAAAAUGACAUUUACCUAGUUGCUGCCUUUGUUUCACCAGAAUCUGAUGACACUAUCUCUGUUGUUCUUUAUCUGGACCUUCUUCAAAGAUUGUAUGACAUUAUGAAAGACUGCAUUGGAACUGUGAAUGAAGCCUAUGUGACUGUGAAUAGGAUGCUCAUCUUUGAACUUCUGGAUGAAGUCGUGAACUCUGGUUACUGUUUUGUUUCAUCAUAUGCAGAAGUGAAACCUCAUUUAACCUUUGAACCAAUACGCCCAACUAUUCCACAACCUGAUGAUUUGGCAUCAAGAUUUUUUGGCAUUACAGUUGGUGAUGGAGCUCGUCUACAGGCAGGCUCAACUGAACUGAAGUCCAAGGCCCCUAACUCUGCAUAUAUUAAUAUAGUUGAAGAAUUAUCUGCAGUGUUUAGUCCCAAUGGUGAAGUCCGUAGUGCUGAGUUGUGGGGCAAGCUGACAUUGAUAAGUACUUUGGAUCAGCCUUGUCCCAUUUUUAUACAACUGAAUUCUGACCUUGUCAUCCUCACCUCGAAAUGUAAUGAAGGUCAAGUGGCAGGAGCAGUGCACAUUGACAAUCCCAGUUUCCAUCCAAGUGUUGACACCUCACUUUUGGUCAAAAAGAAAGUUUUGAGAGUCUUACCUCCCCCUGAUCAGACCCGUCUUAUGGUGUAUACAUUGUCUGACUCAGCCUGCAUUCACAUUCCUGUUGUUUUGAUUCCCAGUUUAAUGCCAAUAGAUGACAGUAGAGAUUAUAAAUUUUCUCUUCGACUUAUAAACCAAGCAGAGAGCCGAGCCAGAGCUUCUUACAUCAGAGUGAAAGUAAAAUUACCUUCUUGGGUGACAAGCGUGUCCACCACAAAGUCAGGGGACAAUCAGUCCAGUCAUUUUGAUUCUCAGGAAACAUCUGCUGAAUGGGAAGUGAAGAAAUCAGCUGGCCGGACAGAGGCGUUCAUAACAUUUAGGCUGAUCAACCCUAAGGACAAGUCUAUCAACCUCAGUGACAUCGGCCCAAUAUCUAUUGCCUUUUACAUGACCCAGUUCUCAGCCUCUGGUCUAGUCGUCAACAUGGCCAAAAUGGAGACUCAGUCUCCUGAUCCUUUGAGUGUUCCUCCUAAUUUUUUCUUUGGUGUAUCCACAAAGGCUGCUUCCUACAUUGUGAGGACAGAUGUACCAAAAGACUGAGACUGAAGAAUGACAAUAAUAUGAAGGUGCUGGGUCCUAAAUCUCUGAAGAGUUCAGUGACAUUGAUCCAUGAUGCUUUGGCAUUUUUUUCGGAGCCAAACCUAUUUUAAAACCUAUUUUAAAUUAGAAUUCAUGUCUCACAUAAAGCUGUGUUUUCCAAACCUAUAGGCACUGGUGAAGGAACAGAAUUACAGCAAAUAUCAAGAUUCAGUAAGGAAAGAGAUCAAAUCUCCAUAACAUAUUUUUAAAGUUUGUUGGCAAUUUAAAAUUCAUGCGUCUGUGCUAGUCUGAUAUAAUAUACUUGUAACUAUAAUUACUUUAUAUUGAAAUUUUUUUUUUCCUUGUCAUAAAUGAUGUAGGUCUUUAUAUUUACUGUUUUCAAGUAAGGCUUCACUGAACCUAAGAGACUAUUGCAUUCAGUCAGCUAUCUUAUAAAUAAAUAUUUUUCAAUCUCAAGAUAGUACCUGAUGAUUAUUCAACAGAAACUAUUGCAAGUUAUAUCAAAAUAAAUUUUACUGAGAACUAAAUAAAUUACAACUUGAAGAAUCUCUUGAUAAACUGAGCUAUUGUUUUGAAGAUAAAAAGAGGACAAGAUUAUCAACAAAGAAACUGGCGCUGCACUGUGGCAACAUGCCAAUUGUGCUUUCAUUAUUCAUUCUUAUUUCUUGCUGGAUGUAUAUUGAAUGUUCUUUUGUAAUUAGUUAUGCAGAUAAACUUUGUCACAUGAGUGAGUCUGGUGUGAAUGUACACUUUGGUUUCUUAUAGUUAUAAUGUUUUUUGUUUGGUGUAAUGCACAAAUUGUAAGACAAAUUUCCAUACGGACAAUAAAGAUUAUUAUUGUUAUUAUUAUGAUAAAAUAUUACUACAUAAGAUAGCAUGAAAAAAACAACACAUUAUAGUUCCAUAAUUCUUGUAGUCAUUUACAACCUGGGAAUUGCUUAUAAAAAUAACUGCAAUAAAAAGGUCUAGAAAACAAACUUAUGAAAGAAAACAUUGUCGGACUCUGAGAAGUGAAAAGUUCUGGACCAAAAAAAACUUCAGAUUCAUUUUAAAAUCUGACAUAGAGUGGGAGUUCACGGAACAAAGCAAAUUAAUCAAAGUAGACAAAGUUCUAAACAUUGAGAUGAGAAUAAUGACUGAAGCCCCCUGACCCGCUAAAAAAAAACCCAUCAUAGCAAUGGUACAUAGUAAAUUACUUAUUCAAAAAGCCUUAAACCUUAAAAAAAAAAAAGCACUGGGUGUUUGAGUUUGUAAGAUGAACUACUAAGUUUCUUCCUUGAAAAACAGGCUGUCAUUCAUCUAUCAGAUAUAAACCCUUAAAAACUAAUAUGGCGUUACAGCAGUUUCAUAUCCCACAAUACCAAAUGAUUAAUAGCUUAUGCCUCAAGAACAUAAAAAAAAAGUACAAAAGAUUUAAUCUCAAUUGGAUAGAGGCCUUAACAAUUGUUAGGGCAGUGAAGAAUGUUGUUCUUUCAUCUGUGUGGGAGACAGUUUGCUCUUAUCACAGAUCAUGUGCCACUAAAAUGGAUUUUCUAUCCAACCAAAGGUUUUCCAGCCAUGCCAGCUGCAAAGAUAUGCUGAGUUCUCAACAGGAUUCAUCAACUCAAUUUGAUCAUAGAAAAUCUUACGUCAUAUGCCAAUAGACACAAGAGUACACUAAACAGAGACAAUUAUUUGGCAAACAAUCUUUUCUAUAGAUAAUAACUCUAUGGAAAGAAUACAGCUAAAGGGAAAACAUCAUGAAAGCAUCAGGCCAUGAUUCACAAGUAUUAAGUUUCAUUUUACAAGACAGUUGGACCAGAGUUUACAUUAGAACUAGUUUAGACACGCUCAAAACAGACCAGAAAUGACUACAAAGCAAAAAUUAAGAGUAUUUUUAAAUUGGAUAUAAACAUUCAGGUGAGUGCAGACCAAAUCAAGAAGAAAAGUGAAUGUGAUAAAAAAAAAGGACCUUUAAUGUGUGCAGCAGAGUUAUUGCUAAGGCAUCAUAUUGAGACACAGUGAUCAUUCAAGAGACUGAUACCGCUACUAGAGAAAUAAUUCCUCCCAGUUCUGAAGGAUAUUAAUAUUCUCCAAUUUAAACUUCACCACCAGAUUCCAUCACCCUACUUUAAUGACCUUAAAGCCAGGUCACAUUACCAUCUCUAGAUCUAUCAUCCUACCUUAAAGCCAGGUCAAGAUCUACUGAACCUCAAGUUCCCAUGCUCCAUUUGUAUAUUCUGGACAUUGUAAUGAGCGGACCUGAAUUUUGAAAACUUAAUCUAAUGAGUUUGACAAUUUUCGUUUGUCUAGGGCAGGGGUUCUCAACCUGUGGGUCGCAACCCCCUUGGGGGUCGAUUGACGAUUUGCCAGGGGUCGCCAAUGACCAUCGAAAAAAUGGAUUGUUUUGGUUUAUUCUUCUAUUCCUGUGAGUGUGUGCGUGGGGGGGGGGGGGGUCGCGGCAGAGUGGGUGGUUGUAAGAAGGGGUCGCCGAGCUUAAAAGGUUGAGAACCGCUGGUCUAGGGCAAUGACCACUAAGACAUAUACAACUUUUAAAGUGAUGUAGGCUGCUUUAUAAGUAAGCUAAUAUCAAGAUAUUUUGUUUUCUUACUUAGGAAACAUGCUCAUUUCAGGGCUGUUUAUUUUGAUUUCUGCAUUUGAAAAAUUCUUUGAGGAAGAAGGCGGUGCUUUAGUAUAUUAGUAUUGAAUAGUUUGAUAAGGAGGGAUGUGCUGUAGUAUAAUAGUAUUGUAUAGUUUGACAAGGAAUGUAAGUAUGUAGCCUAUGUACUACUCUUGCAAAGCUAAACCAAUAAACUUCCAGGUGACUCCUGGGAAUGAUUGAACUCAA